AUGAAACCCGAACGCAAUGUGAUGAUAGCGGCCACAGGAAGUGUGGCCACCAUUAAGAUAGCCCAGAUAGUCAGGGAACUUUCCGAUGAGAACCUGCCCUUUAAAUUUCACCUGAAAAUCCUUAUCACCGAGUCGGCCAAGCAUUUCUUUGAAUUGGAGCAAAUACCUGAAAAUGUACCCAUUUACCACAAUCGCGAUGAGUGGAUAAACUGGAACAAGCGAGGUGAUCCCGUCUUGCAUAUUGACCUAGGAAAAUGGGCGGAUAUUUUAGUAAUAGCCCCCCUCAGCGCCAAUUCCCUCUCUAAAAUGGCCACGGGGAUUUGCGAUAAUAUCGUUAUGUGCGUAGUGCGUGCCUGGGAUCUUAAGAAACCACUUCUUUUCGCCCCUGCGAUGAAUACUCGCAUGUACGACCAUCCGAUAACCCGAGAGCAGAUCGAUAAGCUGACCAGUUGGGGUUACAAGGAGAUUCCCUGCAUCUCCAAAACUCUUAUGUGCGGGGAUACUGGAAAUGGUGCUAUGGCUGAGGUUCCCACAAUUGUAGAAGCGGUGCUGGCUGCCUUUGAAUCGAAAAAUUAGUUAGUGAGAAGCCGAAAUUGUUAUACACACACUGUUUAUAUCGCAGAAUAUUUUGUUACAAUAAUUAGACAAAUACUAUGAAA